AUGUUCGACAAAGAUUCCUUACAGUCAUUCUCCUUGGAGGUCGAUCCAUAUGAAUGUCAGCGGUCUCACAGGCCUCGAUCAGAUCGGGAUUUACACCAUGGAUCAUCUCAAGCCCUGGUGCAGGCCUCCAGCCAUACUUCAGAUCAUCCUUUGUCCCGCGUUGAAGAUGACAGCGGAGUACCUCAAGUAGCUCAUCUUUCACCUGCACGGCGGAUUUCGAUCGUUAUUAUGCUCUCGUACUGUGCAUUCCUUGCCCCGAUCUCAUCCACCGCCAUUUUCACGGCUGUGGCGGACCUCGCCAGAACAUUUGAUACCACCCAGGAUAUCAUAUACGCCAGCAACUCUCUCUAUCUUGGAUGCAUGGGAGUUUCCGCCCUUAUUUGGGGCCCUGCAAGCCAAGUCUGGGGUCGCCGGCCUGUAACGCAGCUUCUCAUCACAAGCUCAAUCCUCUUCUGCGCGUUCACCGUUGCCUCCGCCUUCGCCCCAAACCUAGUAUCCUACUUUAUCUUCCGAGGAUGUGCCGCAUUACAAGGCACCUCUUUCCUCGUUAUUGGCAACGCCAUUGUCGGAGAUAUAUACGAACCAACAGCCCGAGCCUCCGCACUUGGCUGGGUACUCUCAGGAAGUCUCACCGGACCUGCUCUAGGUCCUUUCCUCGGCGGCAUAAUAAUGACCUUCCGCCCCUGGCGCACAAUCUUCUACCUCCUCUCCGCUCUUAGCCUCUGCGCAACCGUCCUAAUCAUAACUAUCCUCCCAGAAACAAUCGCCCACAGAGCCAGCCCCUCCCUCCGUGGCCAACCGCUCCGCACUCAAGCCCAACAGCUCUGGUAUCAAACUUCGCCCUUCCGGAUCCUCCACCUAAUAAUCGCUUACCCAAACAUACUCUGCACCGGCCUCGCCGCAGGUGCCCUGGUGUGGAAUGAAUAUGCUCUUCUGACUCCGAUCAGCCACACCCUCAACCCACGCUUCCACCUGACCAGCUCCAUCGAAGCCGGGCUGUUGUACCUCCCUGCCGGCUUGGGCUACCUGAUGGGGACUUUCUUCAGCGGCCACUACACUGACUGCAUCGCCCGCUACUUCAUCCGCCGGCGGCAAGGGCAGCGUAUCCCCGAGGACCGGCUCCGCUCCUGCCUGCCCUUCAUCUGCAUCGCCAGUCCCGCCUGCGUGUUGAUCUAUGGGUGGACGGUGGACGCCGGCGUCGGCGGCAUUCCGCUUCCAGUGGUUCUUAUGUUCGUUCAAGGCAUCGCACAGAUCUUCUGUUUCUCCAGCUUGAAUACGUACUGUUUGGACGUAAUGCAGGAGCAAGGGCGGAGUGCGGAGGUGGUUGGGGCGAACUAUGCCUUUCGGUAUGUGUUUGCGGCGCUGGGGACGGGAGUGGCGAUGCCGGCUAUCAAGGUGGUUGGGGCUGGCUGGUUCAAUGCGAUUUCCGCUCUGUUCUUGGUUGGUGCGGGGGGUGCGGUGUGGUGGACGGCUGUGUUUGGGGCGGGGUGGAGGGAGGCUGUUGAUCGGAGGAAGGGGCAGCAAGCUGGGGAGAAGUCAAUGAGAUAG